AUGUCAACGCCACAUCGCAUUCCAGUUGACGAAACCCCGCGAGAUAACACGGGAUAUGACUCUGAUGAGGGAGCUGAAUCGAGCCGAAGUCUGGCUUCAUCAUCUGAUAUUUACCGAUACGAAAAUGGUCGUCGAUAUCAUACUUUCCGGGAUGGUUCGUACUGGGCGCCAAAUGAUCAGAUGAAUUCCUAUCACGAGAAGAUAUUUCAUCAUAUUAUGCUCCUCACACUUAAUGACAAACUUUAUCUAGCACCCAUCGAAACUCCUAAACAUGUCAUUGACCUUGGGACUGGCGCUGGUAGGUGGGCAAUCGACUUUGCAGACCAUCACGAAGAUGCUGAAGUGCUUGGAGUUGAUUUGUCGAUUGUCGAAUACACCGGGCAUCCCAAUUUACGAUUUAUUGUUGACGACAUUUGUUCGGAGUGGACUCAUAAUACAAAGUUUGACUUUGUGCAUGUGAGAGCACUCUAUGGAAGUAUAGCAGAUUGGCCUUCACUCUAUAAGCAAUGCUUUGACAACAUGGCCUCUGGCGGUUAUAUUGAGCAUGUUGAACUAGAUAUCCAGCCCAAGUCAGAGGACGGCACCUUGCCUCCAGACAGCAUCCUAUUUCAAUGGAAUGCCGUUGGUCGAGCAUGGGCCCAAGCAACUGGCAAGACGUUCUUUGUGGCGACUGAGGUCAAACAGCAGAUUGCUGAUGCUGGAUUUGUUGAUGUUGUUGAGGAGAUCUUCAAGCUGCCGUUGGGACAAUGGAGUAGUGAUGAACGCUUCAAGGAGCUGGGAAAGUACUAUCAACAAUUCUGGCGAGAAGGUAUGGAGGGCUGGUGGUCAAUGGAGCAGGUCAAAUCGUUCCUCCUCGAGACAAGGAAAGCCAUUGAAAUUCCAACGCAACAUGUAUACUAUGACAUAAUGACAGCCUACAAAGGUCAAUGCCACUGCGGCCAGACUACGUGGACCGCCGAAAUCUCCGACGAGAAGCAUGUCCUCUGUCAUUGUACCGCUUGCAAAGUCCUGGGUGGUGGCGAAUUCACACUGAACCAAAUCAUCCCCAAGGAGAACUUCAAACUUACUGGAGGCGAUCUGAAGCAGUACACCUAUAGGGGAGAUUCUGGCAACUCAGUAGAUUGUUUCUACUGUCCCAACUGCACAUCCCACCCUUAUCAUCACCAGCAUACCAUGGGUAACAAUAUUGUCAUCCGCACAUCCCUCUUGAAAGAUACCGAGAAGUGGGGCAAGCCAGCUGCAGAGAUUUAUAGCGUCCAGAAAUGGAGCUGGCAGCCGCAGACGGCGGAUAACAUCUUUGAUACUACGCCACCGUCCUAG